UUUCAACAGCAGCAACAGUUAGUCAGCCACCUCGGUAGCUUGUUAGACAAAAUAGCUGAACCAAUAAAGCUCUUUAGACGCUUUCGUGGGUAUUAGCCACUGUGUUUUAAAGUUAUCCGAUUUAAUUUCAUAUUUACUGUGUUGUUAUUAUUCAGCUAGCGGGCUGGUUAAUUUACCAUUAGCCUAGCUAGCUAACAUCUCCGACCAUGAGUUCACUAAGCUACUCUCCUUCUGCUAAAGAAGAGGAUGUCUGCUGGACGGAGAAAGAAGCUCUCGUCAAAGAGGAGGAGGAAGAGAAUAAUGUCACAGUAAAACAAGAAGUUGAGAGUGAGGCUGUUAUAGUUAAAGAAGAGAAAGACGUUUCAGUGAAAGAAGGAGAAGACUCGUUCAGAGUGAAAGAGGAGGAGGAUGUUACAGUAAAAGAAGAGGAGGAAGAGAAGGAUGUUACAAUACAAAAACAAGUAGAGGGUGAGGCUGUUACAGGGAAAGAAGAGGAAGACGCGUUCAGAGUGAAGGAGGGGGAGGAUGUUACAGUAAAAGAAGAGAAGGAUGCAGUUUUUGAAGUGAAAGAGGGGGAGAUUACGGCCACAUCGGAAGAGGAGGAAACUGUAUAUCUGGGCCCGAUUUCCCAAACGCAAUUUAAGGCAUCCAGUGGUUCUAACGAUGAACUUAGCCAUAAGAUGUUUUUGAGAAACCGGGCCGUGAUUACCACUGGAGAGAUACAGGACUAUCGUGGAUCCUCUGGGGAGCCUCAAAAACAUCAUGAUGCUGACGAGGCAGAGAAGAGUCUCUCCAGAUCAGAACACCUCAAUAAACACCUGCAGAGACCCACAGGGAAGAAAUCUAUUUGCUGCUCUGCCUGUGGGAAAUGUUGCAAAUCUUCAUCAGAACUUAAAAUACACCAGCAAGUCCACACAGGAGAGAAACCAUACUGCUGCUCUGACUGCGGGAAAUGUUUCUCAAGAUCAAAUUCACUAAAAGUACACCUGAGAAUUCACACUGGAGAGAAAUCUCACCACUGUUUUGAUUGUGGGAAAAGUUACUUAAGAUUAAAAUCACUAAAAGUACACAUGAGAAUUCACACUGGAGAGAAACCUUAUAGAUGUGAUCAAUGUGGGAAGAGUUUUACUAUAUCUAGCUGUCUGACUAUACAUCAGAGAACACAUACAGGAGAAAAACCGUAUAGCUGUACUCAAUGUGGGAAGAGUUUCACUACAUCUAGCCAAUGGAUUGUACACCAGAGAACACACACAGGAAAGAAACCUCUUAGCUGUACUCAAUGUGGGAAGAGUUUCACUCACUUAGGCAGCCUGUUAUCACACCAGAGAAAACACACAGGAGAGAAAUCUUAUAACUGUGAUCAAUGUGGGAAGACUUUUACUCAGUCAAGCAAUCUGGUAUCACACCAGAGAACACACACAGGAGAGAAACCUUAUAGCUGUGAUCAAUGUGGGAAGAGUUUUACUAAAUCGAGCAGUCUUGUUGUACACAAGAGAACACACACAGGAGAGAAACCUCAUAGCUGUGAUCAAUGUGGGAAGAGUUUUGUUACAUCUAGCCGUCUUAUUGAACACCAGAGAACACACACAGGAGAGAAACCUCAUAGCUGUGAUCAAUGUGACAAGAGAUACUCUGAUAAAAGAUCGCUGAUCAAACAUCAGAAAAUACAUACAUGAAGGAGUUGUUUCAUGAUAUCAAUGAAAUGUCACAGUGUAGAAUGUUUUAACGUUGUAGUAGGAGUAUUUUAAUGGAGAACCCUAAUUGUUUGCCCCCUGUUCUAUUGAUUUCAGUGUUAUAUGGAUAUGAGCUUCAUCAGUAGAAACAUCUUUGUACUUUGCUCCGUUCGUCUUUCCCUCGAUCUUGACUAGUCUGCCAGUCCCUGCCACUGAAAAACAUCCCCACAGCAUGAUGCUGCCACCACCGUGCUUCACCGUAGGGAUGGUGCCUGGUUUCCUCCAGAUUUGAUGGUUUGCAUUCAGGCCAAAGAGUUCAAUCUUGGUUUCAUCAGACCAGAGGUGUGUCCAAUGCAGACAUGAUGGGAUAAGUAUUGGCUUCAUAGAUGUGUCCAAUGCAGACAUGAUGGAUUAGUAUUGGCUUCAUAGAUGUGUCCAAUGCAGACAUGAUGUGAUUAGUAUUGGCUUCAUAGACGUGUCCAAUGCAGACAUGAUGGGAUUAGUAUUGGCUUCAUAGACGUGUCCAAUGCAGACAUGAUGGAUUAGUAUUGACCUCAUAGACGUGUCCAAUGCAGACAUGAUGGAUUAGUAUUGACCUCAUAGACGUGUCCAAUGCAGACAUGAUGGGAUUAGUAUUGGCUUCAUAGACGUGUCCAAUGCAGACAUGAUGGGAUUAGUAUUCGCUUCAUAGAUGUGUCCAAUAAUGCAGACAUGGUGGAUUAGUAUUGACCUCAUAGACGUGUCCAAUGCAGACAUGAUGGAUUAGUAUUGGCUUCAUAGACGUGUCCAAUGCAGACAUGAUGGAUUAGUAUUGACCUCAUAGACGUGUCCAAUGCAGACAUGAUGGAUUAGUAUUGGCUUCAUAGACGUGUCCAAUGCAGACAUGAUGGAUUAGUAUUGGCUUCAUAGACGUGUCCAAUGCACUUGUUCAUGUGGUUUGUAAUUUCGAUACUGAAACAGGAUUUGUUAAUCCUCCCACAUUGUUUCCAUUUUGCUGAGAUUUUUUCUCCAUUUGAAAUGAUACUGUUAGAAAUAGGUAAAGACCUCACACAUCUGAGAACUUGUGUGUGUUCAUCAUUAGUUAAUAACUUGAAAGAAAACAAAAGGCUGAUUGAUACUGAUCAGUGUGUGUGUUUUCUUUUUCAUCAGACAAUUAAUGAGGCUCAUAAUGAGGCUGACCAUGUUGAAGGAGCCCAGAUUAGAUUUAUAAUGAGGCUAACCAUGUUGAAGGAGACCAGAUUAGAAUCUUAAUGAGGCUACCAUGUUGAAGGAGACCAGAUUAGAUCCAUAAUUAGGCUAACCAUGUUGAAGUAGGCCAGAUUAAACUCAUGAGGCUAACCAUGUUGAAGGAGAACGAAAUAGACUCAUAAUGAGCCUACCACGUUGAAGGAGACCAGAUUACACUCCUAAUGAGGCUGACCAUGUCAAAGGAGACCAGAUUAGACUCGUAAUGAGGCUGACCAUGUUGAAGGAGACCAGAUUAGACUAAUGAUGAGGCUAAUCAUGUUGAAGGAGUUCAGAUUAGACUCACGAGGCUCACCAUGUCGAAGGAGACCAGAUUAGACUAAUAAUGAGGCUGACCAUGUCAAAGGAGACCAGAUUAGACUCGUAAUGAGGCUAACCAUGUUGAAGGACACCAGAUUAGACUAAUAAUGAGGCUAACCAUGUUGAAGAACACCAGAUUAGACUAAUAAUGAGACUAACCAUGCUAAAGGAGACCAGAUUAGACUCAUGAUCAGUGGUGGAAAAAGUACCCAAUUGUCAUACUUGAGGAAAGUAUAGAAAGUCACCCAGUAAAAUACUACUUGAGUAAAAGAUAAAUAUUCUUAAGUAUCAAAAGUAAAAAUGUGAAUCAUUUCAAAUUCCUUAUAUUAAGCAAACCAGACAGCACCAUUUUCUUGUUUUUUUAUUUACGGAUAGCCAGGGGCACACUCCAACACUCAGACAUCAUUUACAAACGAAGCAUUUAUGUUUAGUGAGUCCGUCAGAUCAGAGGCAGUAUGGAUGACCAGGGAUGUUCUAUGUUUAGUGAGUCCGCCAGACCAUAGGCAAUAGGGACGACCAGGGAUGUUCUCUGUUUAGUGAGUCCGUCAGAUCAGAGGCAGUAUGGAUGGCCAGGGAUGUUUUCUGUUUAGUGAGUCCGUCAGAUCAGAGGCAGUAUGGAUGGCCAGGGAUGUUCUAUGUUUAGUGAGUCCGUCAGAUCAGAGGCAGUAUGGAUGGCCAGGGAUGUUUUCUGUUUAGUGAGUGUCAGAUCAGAGGCAGUAGGGAUGACCAGGGAUAUUCUCUUGAUAAGUGCUGAAUUGGACCAUUUUCCUACAGCUGCUCUCUCCUCCUCAAUGUCAUGAACUAGACCAGGUACUGUGUUACAGCUGCUCUCUCCUCAAUGUCAUGAACUAGACCAGGUACUGUGUUACAGCUGCUCUCUCCUCAAUGUCAUGUACUAGACCAGGUAUUGUAUUACAGCUGCUCUCUCCUCCUCAAUGUCAUGUACUAGACCAGGUACUGUUGUUAUGAAGUUGGCCUAGGGGGUUGGUUUAUGACAGUCAUAAAUACCUCUUCCCCCCUUUUUCCUCUCUCUACCCUACUAAGGUUACAUUUGCAAAACCCUUGGUUAACAUAGAGAUUCUGGGAACGUCAGAAUGUGGGGGGAAAUUAACUAUAUUCUGGUAAUCCAAACAGUUGAAUAUAUGCGGUGGUACUUAAUGAAUAUGAUGUCAUCUGAGACAUUCUCAUCAAUGAUAAGAUGACAAACUCUACAGUGGAAAGUCCACAUCAGAGUUAUCGGAUUCACAUGGAAUUGUUGUUCAAUUUAAAUGUUUGAAUAUGCAAUUAUUUGUGAUGGGAUGAAAUGUGAAUGAUUUUAGCUUCUAAAAAGUGACAUUUGGGUUUUCAUAAGAUGGGGCUGCUCAAUCAGUGGCCCUCCCCUGUGAAGGGCCAAGGGCUAUAAAACUAUUCAAACACAUCCUCCUCUCCCUUCCUAUAUAAAGCCCUGACAACAGAGCUUCCUGUUCCGAUGAGGUAGGAUGACGAUCCUAUGGUUCAGAAAAUAACUACAGGACAAAGCCAACAUCAGCAGGAGCUUUGGUUGUGAAUGGUAUGAACUUUGAACUCUUAUUCACUACAGAAGUGAUACCUCCUAGCUGUUGAGUUAGCGACCGCAGGUUAAGAAGGAACAGACAGAGUAUCCCGUCUAUCACACAAUGAAGUUACUACAACGUAUCCAAUUGACAACCAGAGACAUUCUUCAAAGGACAGAGGACUCGGUUUGGCAACUCGGCCUUCCAUCUACCACCAACCUACUGAAGCGCAGCUCAGAGUAAAUAUUUAUUGCGUUUUCCUUUUCCAAAUGGUCGGUAAUUUAGAAUGCAUAAGAUACUGUAUUUACGAUAACACAGCUUCACCUUUGUUCCUGUCUUCCUUCUCUUUCACUCAACCCAGCCCCUUUUCCUUUGUGUAACAAGCCGUCAUAUCUGUUCCGCCCACUAGGGACGUUUUCCUAUGAUGUAAUUUGUAAUCAAGUUAUGAUUUAAUUAUGUGUAUAUGAAUUAUGUGUGAUUAGUUAGGUAUUUAGUAAAUAAAUGAUUAAACCCACA